AUGAAAUUUGAAGACUUACCGUUUGAGAUAAUUCAAAUAAUUGUUAGUUAUCUGAUAUCACCAUCUGAUAGAAUAUCACUCCAUAAUUCAUCAUCUUUCUUGAAAAAAUUCGUUAAUUUAGAUGGCCAUACAGUUGUUCUAGCUCUUCAUGCACAACCACGUUUAACAGUUUUGAAGUAUGGAAAAAGAACGCGUGAUCCACAAACUAUCUAUGAUGGGAUAUAUCGUGGUUCACCAAAAACUAGCAACGACAGUGACUUAUCUGAAUGUAAAAAAGAAGUUUCUAUAUUUGAACGUCACAUGGGACAAUUCAAUGUUAUCAGAGUUCAUUGGUCUUUGUUGUUUGAUAAGUCUGGCUACAUCAAAAAAUUUAUCAUUCCCCAGAUUUUGGCCAGAACUUAUGGGUAUUCUCUAAUAUUUGAGAUAGCUUUACAUUUUGGGGGCUGUUAUCAUUAUAGAAAGAAGUUUGGUCUUUUGGGACCUUCUGAAUUUUCGACUAUUGACAAGUGCUUAAAUGGUAUCUUUUUAUCUGCUGUUUCAGACUUUGAUCCUCCUGACUUUAUGAAAGGUUCUCAUUUCAGGUAUCAAGAAUUACCUUCAGGUGAGUAUGGAAUCAAGACUUUUAUUCUGAGAGACAUCAUUGGGCUCAAGUUUGAUCAGAAGUAUUAUCCGCGUAUGUUUAUUGAAGCUGAUCCGCCAAACCUUAAGACUCUGAAGAUUAUUUGCCAAUUUACAUAUUGA